UCCCGUCAAUUCACCAGACAUGUCGGAGGAGAAGCCAAAGGAAGGAGUGAAGACUGAGAACGAUCACAUCAAUCUCAAAGUUGCAGGCCAAGAUGGGUCGGUGGUCCAGUUCAAAAUCAAAAGACACACACCUCUCAGUAAACUCAUGAAGGCGUACUGUGAACGGCAGGGACUCUCAAUAAGGCAGAUCAGGUUCAGGUUUGAUGGCCAGCCCAUCAAUGAAACGGAUACACCUGCACAGCUUGAGAUGGAAGACGAAGACACCAUAGAUGUUUUCCAGCAGCAGACUGGAGGGAAGUGCUAAGCCCUACUAUUAAGUGACCACCUUCAGACC